GAUGGCUUCAUCGCAAAACAACAAACAGGUAGUGUGCAAUACUUUCUUUUUGUCAAAAGAUCAAAAGAAAAGGUGGGCAGCUCAGACCACUAAUUUUCCUACUCACCACGACUUUGGUAAACUCCCUUCACCCAAUUUAACCUUCUUUACACGCCCACAUACUGAGAAAAAUCAAACACAUUGAUGAGCUUGUUAUAGGAGAAUUCAAGGAGAGAUGGGAAGUGAAGGAGAAAGCAGUGAGUUCAACUCACCGAUAUAUGUGGCUGUGGGGAGGAAUGUGAAGGAGGGCAAGUCGUUGCUGACCUGGGCGGUGGAGAAUUUUGAUGGGAGAAAUAUUUGCCUUGUGCAUGUUCAUCAGCCCACGAAUUUGGUCUCACUCUUGAAUGGGAAGUUGUCAGCUGGCAAACUUAAAAAUCAUGUGGUUAAGGCAUGCCAGGAAUUUGAACGCUUAAAGAAGCAAAAGCUUAUGAACCAGUAUCUGCUCUUCCUAUCCCAAAUGGGGAAGCAGGCUGAUACAAUUUGGAUAGAAAUGAAAAAUAUUGAGAAAGGGAUUCUACAAGUUAUAACUCAGCAUAGCAUAAGACGGCUCAUCAUGGGAGCUGGAGCUGAGACAUUCGAGUCAAAGAUAUUGUCAGAGACCAACUCCACUAAAGCUAUGGUUGUCUCCCAGCAGGCUCCAAUAUCAUGUCAUAUUUGGUUUGUUUCCCAAGGGCGCCUCAUAUAUGCAAGGCCGGUGGGCUUUGAUUCUCAUUUAACUACUACUACUGUGAUAUUGUCGCCUUCAACAAGUAGUGGUGGCACAAUAUUAGCACGUGAUUCCAAGGAAAACAUGGAUGUUGGUGCAGCAAAUGUCCAGUAUUUUGAGCGCCCAAAUGGAUCAAUAGACGAUGUAGUAAGCACUAUGAGUCCAAGCGCUCUAACAGUAGGCCAGACAGGUGGAGGUGGUUCACCUUCACCUUUAAAAGUAGAGCGUCCCGAGUAUUUAACAUGUUCAUCGUCUAAUACUUCGCUGGAUUCUGAAUUCAAAGACGAAGAAACUUGUGACCUGUGCAAUAAACUCGAGCACACUAUGAUAGAUGCGGAGAACUCUAAGCAUAGAACAUUUGCAGAAUCAUUGAGGUGGUGGAGAGCUGAAGAAGAUGCCGCAGAGGCCAUGCAAAAGGCUGAGGCAGCAGAAAGUCUUUGCAAGGAAGAGACAAACAGAUGUAAAGAACUGGAGGAAUUAUUACAUAGACAAAAGCAAGAAAUGGAAACGAUGGAAAGUCAGCAUGAUCAAGUUUCAAAAGACCUUCAGCUGAUCCAAGACCAGAAGCCUGCACUAGAAAGCCAACUAAGACAGGCUUAUGACUCAGAGAAAGAGCUAGAGGACAAGAUUAUUCAAGCAGUGAAUCUCUUGAUAACAUUUAAGGGAACACGGGAUAGACUGCAGAUUGAGUAUGAUUCUGCUAUUAGAAAAGUUAACAAAUAUAAGGCAUUACAAAAAGAGGAUCGUUUAGGAAUAUCAAGUGCACAUUUUUUUGGAAUCUCUUUCUCAGACAUCAUUGAGGCUACUCAAAAUUUUAAACCAUCUCAAAAAAUUGGAGAAGGAAGAUACGGGAGUGUCUUUAAGGGAGUGCUUUGCCAUGUUAAGGUAGCUAUAAAGAUGUUGCCCUCUAUGGGUUCUCAGAGUGGUUCAGAGUUCAAGAAUGAGGUGGAAUUUUUGUCUAGAGUGAGACAUCCAAAUCUUGUAACACUAAUUGGCGCCUGUCCAGAAUCUAGGUCGCUCGUAUAUGAGUACAUUGAGAAUGGCAGCCUCGAAGAUUACCUUUCUGGCCGAGCCAAAAGUGGUUCCCUUUCAUGGCAAUCUCGGGUUAAGAUUGCUAUUGAUAUAUGCUCUACCAUUCUGUUCUUGCAUGCCAACAAUACUUGUUGUGUGCAUGGAAAUUUAAAACCCUCUGAUAUUCUUCUUGACGCGAACUUUGUUACCAAAAUAAGUGACUUUGGUAUCAAUAAUUUGAUAUCCGAGGAUGAGAAUCCUUCCAGUUUUCACACACUAGGUAGUAAGAAUGAUGCAGAGAAAUUAGCUUACAUGGACCCUGAAUCUUUGGAGAAUGGGAAGCUUACCACCGAAUCUGAUGUCUACUCGUUUGGGGUUGUACUCCUACGACUGUUAACUGCAAGGCCAGCUAUGAGUGUAAUCAGGGAUGUUCAAUGUGCUAUGGAAAGAGGAAAGUUGGAUGCUGUCUUAGACACGUCAGCCGGCGAGUGGCCACUUAGGCAAGCGAAGCAGUUAGCUAAUUUGGCCUUGAGAUGCUGCGAGAAGGAUCCCAUGGAUCGGCCAGAUCUUGCCUCAGAAAUCUGGGCUGUACUUGAGCCAAUGAGAGAACUGUGCCACUCGUCGCAGUUAACUUCUACCUCAUCAUGCAUGGAUUCCAGGAGUCAACAUAAAAUACCUUCUCAUUUUGUCUGUCCGAUUUAUCAGGAAGUUAUGAAGGAUCCUCAUAUAGCAGGAGACGGUUUCACAUAUGAAGCAGAAGCCAUAAGGGGAUGGUUCAACAGUGGUCACAAGACUUCCCCAAUGACCAAUCUGAAGCUUGACAACUGUGAUCUUCUUCCUAAUUAUGCUCUUUACUAUGCAAUUCAGGAAUGGCAGCAAAACACAUGAACACUUCUUUGUACCUCUUCAUUCAAAACAUUCAGUACAGAAACCUACCACUUUCACCCUCAACUAAAUUACCCAAUUCUUGCCA